AGAUUAUUAAGCUUUAGUGAAAAUAAAAUGCCUAGCAUUUACUUCAAAUAGCAACCUACAUCAAACUGAAUAAGAACGUGAACUCAACCAACCAAAAGAUUACACUCACCAGUUCCCAGAAUUCCCGUUGACAACCAUUCCCGUGCAUUCAAUCCAAUCCAUAUAUUAGGCCAGUUACAUUAGAAACUACAUCUAAUAAUGGCUCCUCGACGCAAAGAACCUACUCCAACUGAAGCCGAUUCGGGCUCCGAUGUUGAGUUGAAUUUCAACUUCAACUAUAAACCAAGCACGAGUGUUCCGCAGGCUAUGGAAAGCAUCGACAGAUGGAAAUCGAAGCGGGCCGAGAUCCAGAAGGGCAUUGACAAAGAUUAUACUGAAAGGUUAACUGGCCUAAAGAAUAAGAUCAAAAAGCAUUAUCAUGACGAGACACGGAAGAUGUCCAGCCAUAAUCAGCAGCAACUUCAGCGGCUAAUAGCAGCGCUCGAGAAACGAAUAACUUGCGAAGAGGAGAUCAGAAACCGGAUUGACUCGCUGCGAGACGACUGUGCCCAUAUGGCCAUGUUAAUAGAUGCAAUCUAUGCCGGUCGCAAAGAAGCCGCCGCUCAGUCAGCAAAAGUUGCCAACCCUAGCCAACCCAAGAACUAAGUAGCUAUUACCUAUUACCUCUGUCAGCGGACCAAAUGAAGCGCUUUGUUGGCUUGAAGUUUUCGGAGAGGAAGGGGC